AUGGCACAAAAGCCCUUCCGGGUGCUCAUCGCCGGUGGCAGCAUCGCUGGCCUGACGCUAGCUCUUCUGCUCGAGAAAGCCGGCAUUGACUAUGUCAUCCUCGAGGCACACGGCGAGAUCGCACCCCAGGUCGGCGCCAGCAUCGGGUGGCUGCCCAAUGGGUCUCGGGUGAUGGACCAGCUCGGCAUCUAUGACCAGAUGUGGGCCCUCCUCGGUGAGCCCUUCCUGCGGUCCCGAUUCCGUUGUGCUACGACUAGGCGGGAGAUUCAGGCCAUGGAGAACAUAGGCGACCAGGAGAGAAAUCGAUAUGGAUACAACUUCAUUUUUGUAGACCGCCAGAUGGUGCUCGAGGUUUUUUGGCGGAACCUGCAGCACAAGGAUAGGGUCCACCUCAACAAGCGGGUGGCAGAAGUCAAGCUGCAUCCUAACUCGGUAGAGGUCAAGACGACGGACGGGGCUACUUUCUCAGGUGACAUUCUGGUAGGCGCUGACGGCGUGCACAGCAAGGUGCGCAGCGAGUUGUGGCGGAUCUCGGAAGCACUGGAGCCUGGGUACAUCUCUGCUGCCGAGCGAGCAGGAUGUCUGCCGACGGAGUCCAAGUGUAUCUUUGGCAUCUCGAUCGUAGAAGAUUUUGAAAAGGCUACCGCAACAACUGUGUUCGGCAAGCGCUUCUCGUACCUAGUAAUAGCCGGCCCACGACACCGCGUGUACUGGUUCCUCUUCCAGAAGAUCGACAAAAAGCACUACGGAACCGACCUCCCUCGGUAUACCAAGCAGGAUGAGGAGGCACUUGUCAAGGACCACUGGAACGACCAGCUCACAGAUAAGCACGUGUUUGGCGAUCUGUACAAGGCCAAGAUUAGCUCCACGCUCACGCCGAUCCCAGAGUAUAUCUUCAAGAAGUGGUACUUCGAUCGCAUCAUAACCAUCGGCGAUGCGGCUCACAAGGCAAGAAAAUACACAGCGGGCAGCUCACAGAUUGGAACAUCAGCUAACAGCUCGAAGGUUGAUCCCAUCAGCGGCCACGGCGGCAACAGCGCCAUCGAGACAGCCGGCGUCCUUGUUUCAAACCUCGUGCGCCUCCUGGAGCAGAGCCCGGCGGGUUUGACCAAGGCUCAGAUCCAUGAGGUUUUCUCCCGCACACAAUCGCAAAGACAGCCCCGUGUCCAGGAGUUGAUGUGUGAAUCACAUGCCAGGCAGAGCUUGGCCUCUAUGGAGGGCCGAUUUGCUGAGCACAUCACCCCUCGUCUGGUCCCGAUCGCGGGCAUGGAGCAACUCCUUGACGCCCCGGCCACGUGCUUUGCGGGAGCCCACCGUGCAGAUUUUCUGCCUAUGCCGAAGCGUGAAUAUUAUAUUCCGUUCGUCGAUGAGCUC